GCCCCUGGACAAAGAGCCACUCUCAGUCCACUGCCAUCCUCCUCAGGGGGAGUUCAGUGACAGUGGAACAAGCUCGGACACCAAACCAGCCGGACGCUCUGCUGCUGUGGCUCCGUCCUCCAGUCUGCUUCAGGUCGAUCUGUGAGACGACAUGAAGCUCUGCCUCGGACUCUUCCUGCUGCUCUGCUGUGGGACGCUUCAUCUGGGAUCUGGACUUCGCUGCUACAAAUGCUCGGAUUACACCGGACGCUGUGAGAACGUCCAGGAGUGCACGUAUGAGGACUCCUGUAUUUCUCUGAGUGAACGAGGUGGAAAGACCAUCCGUCAGUGCAUCAGAUACACAGACUGUGAUAACUCUCGCCUCACCCAGAUGUUCCCGGCCAUCUCCGGCUUCACUUACCGCUGCUGCAGCAGCAACCUGUGCAACUCCAGCCAUGCCGUUACCAUGGCGACGCCCAUCCUGGCGCUGCUGGGGUCCCUGCUGAGCGCCUGGUGCUGUUGGACCUGAAGACGCUGCGGCUACAUAAACUGGUUCCUGAUCAUUACUGAUGUUUUGUGACGUUAACAUGAACUAAAGUGAGAGUUGCUGUUUGUUUUUAGUCGAUUCUGUAACUUCCUGUUUCUCAGAUUAAAAACUUUUUUAUAUUAGUUUAACAAUAAACAAACAAGACAGUUAAA